UAGAGGCGCGGACCACGGAGCCCCGCGCCUUUUGUGUGGAGCUUCGCUGCGGCGCGCGCUCAUUCCCUCCGCGGCCGCCGACCGAGGGGCGUCGGCGCGCGCAGUCUCCUCGGCGGGCGGAGGGGUCCUCCGCCCCGCGUGCACCCCGCACCCCGGACCCCAUCCUCCGGCCGCCGCCCCGAGUCUCAGGCGGACGCGCGCGCUCGCUCCCGCCCGCGAGACCCCGCCGCUCGCCCCCUCCCCCGGCCCGUCGGCGGGCGGUCGGGACGCGCACGCGCCGGCCCGGGCACGCGCGCCCGCCAAGAUGGCAGGGGCCGGGGCCCAGCUGUCAGUCGCCACCGCCGCCGCCGCCGCGGCCGCGCUGCCUCGCAGCUAGCGGCCCGGACGCCCGCCGGAGAAGAUGAGCCCCCGCCGCCGCCUGCAGCCCAGCCAGACGCGGAGCCGCCGCGCCCGGGGUCGGCUGCCCCGCUAGCGUCCCGUCGCGCCGCGCUUUCAUCCCCGGCCCCGUGCCCGCCCGGCAGCCACGAUGAGCAUCUGACUGACUAAAUGGUUGUCCUCGGUACCAAAAAGGCUGCCAUACAAUCCAAGGAAAUUGCCUCUGACUAGGUCAUGUUCGCAUUUGAAGAAUUCAGUGAACAGAGUAUCUGCCAAGCGCGGGCCUCCGUGAUGGUCUACGAUGACACCAGUAAGAAGUGGGUACCGAUCAAGCCUGGCCAGCAGGGAUUCAGCCGGAUCAACAUCUACCACAACACUGCCAGCAGCACCUUCAGAGUGGUCGGGGUCAAGCUACAGGACCAGCAGGUUGUGAUCAAUUAUUCAAUUGUUAAAGGGCUGAAGUACAAUCAGGCAACACCCACCUUCCAUCAGUGGCGAGAUGCCCGUCAGGUCUAUGGCUUAAACUUUGCAAGUAAGGAAGAAGCAACCACAUUCUCCAAUGCCAUGCUCUUUGCCCUGAACAUCAUGAAUUCCCAAGAAGGAGGCCCCUCCACACAGCGUCAGGUGCAGAAUGGCCCCUCUCCUGAGGAGAUGGACAUCCAGAGAAGACAAGUAAUGGAGCAGCAGCACCGCCAGGAGUCUCUGGAGAGGAGAAUCUCGGCCACAGGGCCCAUUCUCCCCCCUGGGCAUCCCUCAUCGGCAGCCAGCACCACUCUCUCCUGUAGUGGACCUCCACCCCCGCCUCCACCCCCAGUUCCACCUCCACCCACAGGGUCUACUCCCCCACCCCCACCCCCACUGCCAGCUGGAGGAGCCCAGGGGACCAACCAUGAUGAGAGCUCUGCAUCAGGACUGGCUGCUGCUCUGGCGGGAGCCAAGCUAAGGAGGGUGCAGCGGCCAGAAGAUGCAUCUGGAGGCUCCAGUCCUAGUGGGACUUCAAAGUCCGAUGCCAACCGGGCAAGCAGUGGGGGAGGUGGAGGAGGCCUCAUGGAAGAAAUGAACAAGCUGCUGGCUAAGAGGAGAAAGGCAGCCUCCCAGACAGACAAGCCCGCUGACAGAAAGGAAGAUGAGAGCCAAACGGAAGACCCUAGCACCUCCCCAUCCCCAGGUACCCGAGCCACCAGCCAGCCACCUAAUUCCUCAGAGGCUGGCAGAAAACCCUGGGAACGGAGCAACUCGGUGGAGAAACCUGUGUCCUCGUUGCUGUCCAGAACCCCGUCUGUGGCAAAGAGCCCCGAAGCUAAGAGCCCCCUUCAGUCGCAGCCUCACUCUAGGGUGAAGCCUGCUGGGAGUGUGAAUGACGUGGGCCUGGAUGCCUUAGAUUUGGACCGGAUGAAACAGGAGAUCCUGGAGGAGGUGGUUCGGGAGCUGCACAAGGUGAAGGAGGAGAUCAUUGAUGCCAUCAGGCAGGAGCUAAGUGGGAUCAGCACCACGUAAGAUGGCACCAGUCCUGGAGGAUUGCGAGGAGCCGUGCUGGCCCCAGCGAGCAUCGAGCCUGCAGAAGCUGGGAUGUACUUAAGUCUCAACCUGUGAUACAAUCUUAAAAUGAGGAAACAAACUUCAACUCCUGGAUUUUUUAGUGUAUCUGACACAGAACACCGGGUCUAUUCUUUUUUUUGUAUUUUAUAUUUGCUUAUUUAAGUGUACGUUCCUUUGGUUUAUAGAGAACACCCCCAAAUCACCUGCUUUAUUAGAUGGCUUCCAAGUUUUCUCCUAGGUGACACUGUUGGUGCCUCAGCUGACAGGGAGCAGCUGGGUGCAGUGUGGCCUUUCCAUGCCACAGAGCUGUCAGAAUGCAGCACAGCUCCAGCAGCCACGGUGUUGCAGUCUGUCUGUCCACGCAGUGCGCGUUGUGUCCACACAAUAAUAAACUGUUCACUGUCCAAA